GCCUGACAGCUUUUCUUUUUCUUUUCUUUUCUUUUUUUUUAAUUUUCUGAGAAAAUAAAAGACGGACGGAAGGAGAAGAAACACCAGAAAACCCGAAAUUUCAACAGAGCGAACUUCACAGGUCUCAACUCGAUGGCACUGUAACGUUCUUAAAUUUGAAUCGGUUUGGAAAAAGCGCAUCAAGAAGUUGUCGAUUGUUGUCCCGUAACAGCAACCUUAAUCGAUUAGGUUUGAGGAAAAUGAUGAAGCUGCAAACCUAUGCGGGGAUUAGUUUGGUAGCAACCCUAGCGAUUGUUUAUCAUGCAUUUAGUAGUAGAGGUCAGUUUUAUCCGGCAAUGGUGUAUUUGUCGACGUCGAAGAUCAGCUUGGUGUUGCUUCUCAACAUGGGUCUGGUCAUUAUGUGUACUAUGUGGCAAUUGACUAAAAAGAUCUUCCUUGGAUCACUCCGGGAAGCCGAGGUGGAGAGGCUUAACGAGCAAUCGUGGCGGGAAGUCAUGGAAAUCCUCUUUGCCAUCACUAUAUUCAGGCAGGACUUUUCGGUCUCGUUUCUUGCUAUGGUUACUACUCUCUUGUUGAUCAAGGCUUUGCAUUGGUUGGCUCAGAAGAGGGUUGAGUACAUCGAGACUACUCCUUCCGUGCCCAUGCUGUCUCAUGUUCGGAUUGUCUCCUUUUUGGGUUUCUUGCUUGUUCUAGAUAGUCUCUUUUUGUACAGUUCUGUUAGCAACUUGAUAAGGACACAAAAGGCCUCGGUUUCCCUCUUCUUUUCAUUCGAGUACAUGAUACUAGCAACAACAACAGUGUCAACGUUUGUGAAAUAUGUUUUCUAUGUAACUGACAUGCUUAAGGAGGGACAGUGGGAGAAGAAGCCUGUCUACACGUUCUACUUGGAACUUAUUCGGGACUUGCUUCAUUUGUCUAUGUAUUUGUGCUUCUUCCUCGCGAUUUUCACGUACUAUGGUGUGCCACUGCACUUGAUACGUGAGCUUUAUGAAACAUUUAGGAACUUUAAGCUUCGCAUUGCUGAUUACAUUCGUUAUCGAAAGCUCACAUCAAACAUGAAUGAUCGAUUCCCAGAUGCUACGCCUGAAGAGCUUAAUGCAAGUGACGCAACUUGUAUCAUUUGCCGUGAAGAGAUGACAACAGCCAAGAAACUAUUAUGUGGACACCUUUUUCAUGUGUCUUGCCUUCGAUCAUGGUUAGAGCGACAGCAUACCUGCCCUACUUGCAGGGCUCUAGUUGUACCUCCUGACAGUGGGACAGGUACAGCUGGCGGGCAUAGGGGCUCACAGUCAGAUGCUCAUCAACAGGGGACAGGCACAAUGGCUCAGGGUGCUGGAGUUGCUGGUGAUAGUGUGAGCCAACAUGAAGCCAGGCUCCGAGCUGCUGCUGCUGCUGCAUCAAUAUAUGAGAAGUCUCAUGUAUAUGCUUCUGCAAACAGACUAGUAUGGUCUCCUGGAUAUGCGGCACUUCCUCAGGUUCAAAGACAUACGGCUGACUCCCCUAAUACUGAAUCUAGUGGAGAAGCGUCUAGUGGACAAUCACGGCCUCAGCUUGCAACCCCUGCUGGAGCUGCAAACUUGUCCUUCUCUCAGUUUCCACCUUACAUGUUUGUUCCUGGCGCCAAUGUGGCCUAUGGGGGGAGGCUGAGCAGCGAUCAAAAUCUGACAGCUUCUCAGCUGGAGGCCCAGAAAAAGUUUCUUCAGGCCCAGAUAGGGAUACUGCAGAAUCAGCUCCAAGUUUUACAGAAACCAAAACCAAAGGAAAGUGUGGACAUGGGUCCAACAGGGGCAUCUUUGGAUGGCAAAGGAAAGAGCGUUGCAGCUCCUUCAUCUGUUUCAGAUUGUGGACGUCAUGAAGAUCGGGUUGAUACGUAGACAUGGCAUAACUUUAGGUAUAUUGUAAGAAAACAAGGGAUGAGAAAAUUAGUAUAGGGAUGGAUGAAUAACUGGAGUAUUGAGUUUGAGCAUAUUAUUGUAUAAGUAAACUCUUUUCAUCUUUAUGAAAAAGAAAUUUAUCUUUUUGUACUUGUAACAUUUACCAAUACCGUUUGCGAAUGGUAGAAUUGUGUAGAACUUGUAAUGCUGCUUCUAUUCUAUGAGAGAUUUUUCAAUUUGACCGGAA